AUGUCUACCCAAGACGCUCCCCGUCGCACCUGUCCAUCAAAUGCAACCGCUCGGCCUGGCCAGAUAGUGCUUGACGCAAAGACCAAGAGGCGUACCAAGGCGCAAAAGGCCGCCGACGACCUUGCCCUCAAGGAAGCGCAGGAAGCACAGGUCCAAAAAGGGCAGGAACGCUUGGCUAGUAUGCAAAAUGAGAUGGAGAAAGUGCAGGAAGAAUUACUCAACAAAAAGGCGAUCCCCGUUCGGCCCAAGCCAAGGGCUCGCAAGGCGACUAAGCCUGUAGUAAGGCGUGGUGUUGAUCAUACUGAUAACAUCAUUGAGGCUGAUGAGGCAAAUGACCUCCAGGAGGUUGUCGAGACCAUGGAGGCUGUCGAGACCAUGGAGGCCGUCGAGAACAUGGAGGAUGGAACCACAGGAGCAAAAAAGAAGAAGGUAAUGAAGAAAGGCGGAAAGGCGCUGAUAAAGGAUGCUAUCAGUAACAUGCAAAAGAAGAUCAACGAACCAUCAUCAAAAUUGGAAGGUGAUAACGCCAAUAACAUGGCACGUGUAUCUGAUGGGAAAGAUACGCCAGCACCUUUCAAUGCUACCACUCAGAAAUUCACAUUGGGUGGCCGGGUGACCAAUUGGAUUUCAGGCAUCAAGCCCGGGAAAUCAGAACCCAUGUCCCGCGCAUCCAGCACCUCAUGUCCAACUCGAGUGCCUCCAACAUCAAUUUUCUCACAAGGCACUGCCUCCACCGCGGUAUUUGUUGUCCCCACAGCGGCAACUUCGGAUGCACAGGUUCCAAUUUGCAAGCCUGUGGCUCCUGUUGCAGAAGACCUCAUUGGCAACUUUGCAGAUGAUAUUGAUGAUAUGUUGGAAUGCGAGGCCACGAUUGCCCAAGGCAAGGGGAAAUCGAAGGUGGCCUCGAUAUUCAAAGAUAACGUGGACUUCGACAAGCCUAAUGCUCCGGUAGCGUAUGAGCUGGAUGAUUCUGUGACUUCAUUCACAGAACAGGAAUGGUACUCGCAGGAGCCCAAGGCCCCAUUCACGCUGAUCGAAAAUCGCGGGACCCUCAAGCGAAAAGCUAGCGUGGAGGACCUCUUAGAUGACGAGGAGGAGUCUAUGGUGUCUGACUGGUCCAUGGAUAUUGAAGGCCCCGGUUUUGAAGACACAUUCGAGCCCGAGCCUCCAGUGGUAGUGAAGAAGGAGAAAGAUCUUCGCACAACAUUCUCAGUAAGGACACUAAAUAUAAUCGCACUCACACUGACCCUCGUAGAGACAUCGGUUUCGGUUGUGACUUCUGUCCCUGACAGCAAACCACCUCCUCCCAAAAAAAUCAAAGUCGGGGCAUCCACUGCACGUGCCCACAGCACUCACGCCAUCAAACGCCAGCUCAACAUGGACACUGUAGAUCAACACUGGGCAAAGAAGUAUCUUCCUACCGUCAUGUUAUGGGCUGGAAGUUAUGAAGAUCUCUGGACUAUCCCAGACGACGUUCUUCUCCUUCAUGCGCAGCUAAUUUUUAAUGCUGUAUUCAAGGAGCUGAACAUCACUAUUGUUCACAGCGGCGCGAUUCAUUCCCUUACUGCGCAGCGAAUUUCUGAAUGGCGCAGUAACUUCGGCUCGACGGGCCUGGUCAUUAUCCUGGACUUCUUAUCACGAAACUCUGACUGUGGUUCUGUUCAACUUGCCGCCUACCUUCUCGCAGACUAUGCAUUCCUAUUCGAGGACCCCGACAAGCCAAGUCCCCUCACGACAUAUCGUUCUCCUUUUGUAUUACAGCUGAUCGAGUGCGCCCUGGGAACGUUCGCAAACAAAAACUUGAAAGUCAAGGAUAUAUUGGCGUCCAGUGCCAGAGGUAAACUCGUCAUCAAACUACCCAAAGUGCUCAACAAGUUCACCGGGAAGAUGACCAAUGCCCCAUUUUUGUUUUCAGCGGCUCGCUGGGCCAAAGUCACCACAUCAUUCAUGAAGUCUAUCUCGAGCAAGCCUGCCGGGACUCGCUUAAUGACGACGAAUCGGAGGACGAUGAACGUGCUAUGCUUUGAUGUUGUCUUCUACUACACCCGCCGGUGGAAUCCCGCUGUUGUAUCAUCAUUUUUGCCGCCAUUUUUGCCCCCACAUGUCCGCCGUUUUUCCUGUACCCCCAGCUGGCUCUCGACUUUUUAUAUUAGAGAGUCUCCUUAA